AUGAAUGGAGAAACAAAUUUUUCUUCAAUGGCACCACCAACUUUCGAUGAAGAAAAUUAUCAAAUCUGGGCAGUUAGAAUGCGGAUAUAUAUGCAAGCUUUGGAUCUCUGGGAAGCUGUUGAAGCUGAAUAUGAGAUAGCUCCCUUGCCGGACAAUCCCACGGUGGCGCAGAUUAAAACUCACAAGGAGAAGAAUACUAGGAAAUCAAAGGCAAUGGCAUGCUUAUUUACUGCAGUUUCAUCUAAUAUAUUCACUCGUAUCAUGUCUCUUAAAUCAGCGAAAGAGGUAUGGGAUUAUCUCAAAACUGGGUAUGAAGGAGAUGAAAGGAUUCGAGGAAUACAAGUGUUGAAUCUGGUAUGUGCCUUACCAGCCAAGCAUCACGAUGAUGGACGUUCUAAGAAGAAUAAGAAUAAGAAGUACCAACCAACUAAUGGAGAAGGUGCAGUGCAAAGCAACAAAAACAAAACAGGUGGUUUCAAAAGAAACUACCCUCCUUGUAAGCAUUGCGGCAAACUCGGACAUGCAUAUUUCAAGUGUUGGAAGAGGCCUGAUGCUAAGUGCACUAAGUGUAAUCAGCUUGGGCAUGAAGCGACCAUCUGUAAAAACAAAACUCAGCCGCAAGAUGCAGAGGCUCGAGGAGUUAAUGAACAGGAAGAAGAUCAACUUUUUGUCUCAUUAUGUUUUACAAGCAGCGUCUCAAGCGAGUUUUGGCUAAUUGAUAGCGGUUGUACAAAUCAUAUGACUCAUGAUGAGGAGAUUUUCAAAUAUUUAGACAAGUCCGAAAUCUCUAAAGUCAGAAUCGGUAAUGGCGAUUAUCUUUCUGCUAAAGGAAAAUGA